AGCGGAGGCGGCUUUGCUCUACACUUCGCCCUAGGCUGACACUGUGUCAAUCACUGGAAACAACACAAGGAUCACCUGCAAACUGGGAAACUGAAGCUGAGUCGGAAAAACAAACGCAAUGUACGAACUGUGCCCCGUUUGCCUCGGCAGGCUGCGUCAGCAAGUGGACACCCCGUGCAGGCACACCUUCUGCAAGACCUGUCUGUGCAAGGUCUACAGACAGAGUCCCGCCAAGUCGUGUCCCCUCUGCCGGGCUCCCUUCGAUUACUACAUCAGCAAGCGGAGAAACGUAGUAAAAAUAGUGUUCUUUUCCUAAAAUAGUAUAUUGGAUCCUUAGUCUUUGUUUUGUUAUCAGUUUAAAAUUGUUGUUUAAUUAUGUUUUUUAUUUUGUUAUAUUUUAUUUGUUAUAAGUUCUGUGUUAAUGUUUCCUUUAUUUAAAUUGUUUGUAAACUUUUUAACAAGUCAACCAAGUACGAAAUUAAUUAGAUUUCAAUCAAGCAGUUUAAUGGUGUUUUCGAAAUCUGAUGAAGUAAGCAAAUAAAUUUAAAUUGUCAAA